AUGAAUUUUGUUCAUCCUCCUGUACUAAUCGUUGGCGCUGGGCCAGUGGGUCUGGUAGCAGCGUUGACGCUCCUCCAAAAUGGCAUCUCCGUUCGCAUCGUCGAUAAAGACCCCCACCCUCGCAUCGGACAGCGCGGUACUGGAAUAUGGCCGCGUACCCGCGAAGUCUACAACUUCUUGAACAUUUCAGAAGUCAACAGUCUGGCAAAACCAGCCCCUCCCAUCCGUUUAUACAAGCCCGGGACGUUAGAACCUCUGAGAGACUCAUUGCUGUCCCCGCAUGUGGAACCUACUCCAGCAAUACCAUUUAACGGCCACAGAUCGAUGGGUCAGCAGCUCCUAGAUGUGAUUCUGCGACGCCACCUAGAAAAGUUUUCUUGUUCUGUCGAGAUGGGCACCGAACUGCGCUCGUUUGAGCAGUCCGAUGAGGGCGUCACUACUAUCCUGGCAAAGAAUGGCAUGCCAGAGUCAGAGACUUUUAAUACCAAAUGGAUCAUCGGCGCCGAUGGUGCUAAAGGUGACUCGGAGAUGCAAUUAAAUUCAUCGACAUGCACAAGACUAAAAGUGGCUUUGCAAGCAUCAGACGAUACCCGGAUUGUGACCGGAGAUAUCUGUUUGACGGUCGUUGACCUAGAUAGACUGCAUUGGCACCAAUUUGGUAACUUUAGUGAACGAGGGCUCUCAUUGCGUCCAACAGACGAAAUCGGCGAGGACGGCUGGCAAUUUUUCCUCUUCGGCCGCGAACUAGAUCUGACGAAGAUCGCUGAGAGUGAAGAGCUUAUCUUCGAGACCAUCGCGUCGUUGAUGCCAACGGAGAUUACAUUCAACAAGGUGGUUUGGACGAGCUACUUCCGAGUCAAUAUUCGGAUGGUGAAUAAGUUUAGCGAGGGUCGAGUAUUCGUUGCAGGCGAUGCUGCUCACGUCCACAGCCCAACGGGUGGUCAGGGACUCAAUUCAGGCGUACAAGAUGCAUUCAAUCUAGGAUGGAAACUUGCGCUCGUCCAGAAAGGGCUCGCCGACAAAUCUCUUCUUGAGACAUACAGCGCUGAGCGUCUACCUGUGAUCUCAGAGAUGCUCGAGAUGACCACCUCCAUUCUCAACAAAACAAUAACAUCUAGAGACGCGCCGGUCGAACGAAGUCCCAUACUCUUCAUGCUUGGCAUCAACUGCCGAUUCAGCACUAUCGUUCUCGAUGAAUUUGUGACUUUAGUCGAGGGGAAGCGCAUCAACGCAUACGGAGCGCUUGAUGAGGGGAAUCUGGAGGCUGGUGACAGGGCACCUGACGCGCCCGAUCUGUUGCAGGUGGGGUGCGUAGAGCCUGACGCGACUACACUUUUUGGUUUGUACAGACCCUGGUAUCACACAAUGCUUGUAUUUGUGCCGAGUCUCACUGAUGCUAUCCCGAUUUUGGGUGCACUGGCGGCAUACGACAAAAGUGUCUUACGAUCGGCAGUCGUUCUGCCAUCAUUGGCAUCGGUGACGUCUGUCGCAUCUCCUGCUGAUCUCAUUCUUGUUGAUCAGGAGGGUCAUGCUUAUUCUGCUUACCUUGUGGAAGCUGGCCAGACGAAGGUGUUUGUGAUACGGCCGGACGGCGUGAUUGGGGCGAUAGUUCACGGAACAGAGGGCGUAAAGAAGUAUUUCUCAAAGAUAUUUUUGGACGCGUGGCGGUCCGAAUAUUCAUUCUUUACUUAUGACUUUCUUAUUCUUGUAUAUAUACCUCAUGCAACGGUUUUAAUCGAGGUCAGUGCAUGGAAUAGAGAAGGUUGUUGUACCGUGAAGAACUCCUCAAAAGUUGUGAUACUCGCUUAA